UCGUCUGUACCGUAGGAGAAAUAAACCUCCCAGAUUACCCAGCAGACGAAGGGACAGACGUGCUCACUGCACUGCUCGCUUUGUUUAUCUUCAUUGAUUCUGUUUCUUGUGAUGUUCCAACAGUUACUUCAAUACUAUGUCACUCGAAGAACUUACCGCCAAUCUUUUAGAGGCCAGCCAGCACGAAGAGUCUGGGGACUUGCUGGUUCUAUUACAACAGAUGCAGGAGGCUGCUUCACUCCCAGGGGAUAAGAGUUGUCUCAUCGGCCCAGUCGUGAAGCUGCUUCCGUCCCACAAUUUGGAAGUGAAGCGAAGAGUUUACACAACAUUGCAGAAGCUAUGUGAAAAUCAUCCUGAUGCAGCCUUGCUGGCAGCUAAUUGUGUUAUUCGAGAUUGCCGUGACCCAAACCCCGAGGUUAAGUGUUUGGGGGUGUGGGGAAUCAGUGUGCUGCCUCCUCUUCUCCCACUUUACGCUACUGAUGUACUUGCUGUGGCAUUGGGAGAUUCCCACCCACGCGUCCGAAGAACUGCAGUUGUUUCGUGUGGGCGAGUCUUCAGCGAUGCUCCAGGUCUUCUAGAGGGAAAGGGCUUUGUUAACAGGCUUUAUGAAUGCAUACGGGAUGAGGAUACACUAGUAGUUGUUCAAGCGCUUCUUGUGCUCGAUAAGGCACUAGCUCAAGAGGGUGGUGUGGUUGUCAAUAGGAAACUUGCUCAGUAUCUGCUCUUGCGUUUGCCUCACUUUCAACCUCCACAGCUAGCCACAGUGCUCCAAGUGUUGCGAAAGUAUGCCCCCAAGACAGAUACAGAAUUGUUCACCCAACUUAGCCUCUUAGACCCCUAUUUGGCCCAUAAGGAGAGUGCUGCAGUUGUAGUAAAUUGUGCCCAACUCUUUGUGCAACUUAUCGAAAAGGGAUAUCCUCACUUAGAAAAGGAUGUUAUUGCUAGAUCUGUACCUGCUCUUACAACCUUCCUGGGAUCAUCUGAUGUUCAUGCCCAAGGUUAUGUUUUAGAAUUCUUACAAUGGACUGAAAACCGUGAAAUGGAUUGGCUUGCACCGUUUAGCAAAUCCUGGAGUCUUUUCUGCCCACCAAGGCUGUCUAACAGUUUAAAAUCUGGAAUAAAUGCUCCAGAUUUCACUGGCCAGAACCCUCUUCUUCACAAGAAACUGUUGCUCUUGCCACGGGUUUGCUCUGCUGACAAUGCAUCAGAAGUUCUUCUCACGUUAGAGGAGACCACUUGGGAUCGGUCAGAUGUUCUUCUGUGCCGGGCACAUCUUGACUGCAUUGUCAGUCUUGUAGUUGAGUUACCACAGCCAGCAUCCUCUCAGGCACUGAGGCUUCUCAUUCGGUUCAUUGAGUCCAAGGAAGCUAUCAUUGUAGGAAACGCUCUUCAAGCCCUGGAGCGUCUUGAUGUGAAAAGGUUGCCUGCUGAAGAAGUUUCUUCACUAUUGGUUGCACUUGUUAGUUCUCUGGACAUAUUUAAAGAUAAAUCUGCUGAAGAGAGCACUCAGUUUACUCCCGUGCAGCCCCCAGCUAUUCUACCAGAGUUACUAUCUGAGAGGAGAGAGACCAUAUCUCCACAAGCUGCUGUACAUGUUGUGCAAGCGUUAGUGGCUCAUUUACCUGAAAUCAUAGAUAUGCACCACUAUACUUUUGCCUCUCAGAUACUACGCAGCACAAUAUGCCUGUUUAUUCAGGAGCCUGCUAGUUUCCAGUAUAGUCUUGGGAGGGCAUUGCAUAUUUGUGUAGAGUGUGGGAAAACCACAAGCCUUAAUGAUUCAGAUCACUAUUUAGCAGUACUUCAACUGAGCAAACAGGCCCUGUGGUAUUAUCAACUGCUCAAGUGUGACCCAUCAGCAGCUCUUGCCAAGAGGGCCUUGGGUGUUGUUAAAUAAAAUACUGAAAUGCUCUCUCAUUUCAUCAUGAAUGCUAAACUUGUGUUUACCUAAUGCAAAGAAACUAUUUUUGUACAUUUAUGUAAUUGUUCAUGACAUUCAGGUCAGGGUUUCAGAUUUUUUUAAAAGCUGUGAUGUGUCUGUGAUUGUAAAUACUGAUGUUAAAAGAAUAAUAACCCAGUUAUGUUUCCUAUCUUUAAUUGAAAUAAACUUAAUAAUAGAAGCAAA